GCAAGGUGUGUCGGGCGGGGUGGCAUCCUCAGCCACAGUCUGACACUGUGGUUACUACCCGCGCCUCACACGGGCUCAGUCUCCUCCCGCCGCUCUCAGGGGGAUAGUGAUACUCUCCAGCUCUCUCAUCCCGACCCAUUGUUCAAUUCAACACGAUUUAAUCUACCCAAAGCGCUAAGUGUAAGGAGUUGGUGUUGUGUUGUUGUGUCGAGCUAGACCCAAAACGGUCCUUGAUCAGGUGAAUAGUAUUGAUUCGCAGGAACAUUUCCUGCCAAGAGGCUCUCGUCAAGAAACUGUAGAAGACUACGUUGCUGGAUUUACGCCGUCAUCAUGACUGAGUGAAGGAGGAGAAUUAGUAUUUGAGUUGAGUGGAACAUUUGGUGACACAACUUUGGGGAACUUCAACUCUGACACAGAAUGUCUUCUUGGCAGUGACCAUAAUCAGCCAAGGCCAGCCAGUCGACUAAAGGAGGCUGUGAAACGAAGAUCAAGCAUGCAAACAAUUCCACAAGACCAGCGACCUGGCAUCCACAGGGAGCUGAAUCAUGCAGCCUUCCAAGCCAUUAGUAUAGAACAGUGGGAUGACAGAGGUAGCGAACAAAGCAGCUGUGAUCGCAGUCCCCGGCAGACGCCAGCUUGGGUACCCAUACAGACUGUGGUACACCUCAGUAAACUGGUUAGCGGCACAGUGCUUCGUGUCCUAGUACACUUCCUCUACACGGGUACUAUAUUUUGUCGAGAGUGCCACUUGCCAUCCACUGAUCUGAGUGAACUUAAGCAAGCAGCUGAGUUCUUGGAACUUCCAGAGCUUCAAAUGUACGUUACAAAUCUGAUGAAGAAAGAGGAAUUUUUAAAUAAUGACCUCUCUCAACAGUACCUGCAAAUGUUGUGUGGACGAUUGAAAGAGUUGUGUUUAGAGGGCGCCCUUUUCUCUGAUGUGAUGUUCCAACUAGAAGAUGGAACCAUGGCAGCUCACCGUCCGUUACUAAUGGCUCGCUGUGACAUGAUGCACGCAAUGUUCUCAGGAGACUUCAGAGAAAGUAAUGCCAAGGUGAUAACCUUUCCUGGAGUGAAGCAGCGAACCUUUCACAUCUUGCUACAGUACUUGUACACAGACACUAUCCCAACACUCAAGAUUCGUGAGUGUCUCCCCAUUGUAGAGCUCGGCAACCGUUUGUGUCUUCCGCGUCUCAUAUCCUUGGUUGAGAUCGAGAUCAUUGACCUCUUCCAGCGAGUUAUCCAGGCUGGUGGUGAUGUUAGUGAAGACUGUAUUUACCUGCUCGAGCCUCUUCAGAUGCACAAUGCUGACCAGUUAGUUGAGUGGUGCCUGACCUGCAUGGCAACUAAUUACAAUCAUGUCUGUCACAAGCAUACCAAGCAACUCCGUUCACUGCACCCGGAAAACCAAGCCUAUUUGAACAGGCACAGAUGGCCCCCUGUCUGGUACUUAAAGGAUUAUGACUACUAUGAACGAUGUUUGAUGGAACGUCAGAGGGAAGAAAACCCCAUAAAACCACUCAAGCGAUCACGUAACACUGCCGGCUGUCUCUGCUUCACGUCCAAGAGUCGUAGGAGUGCUGAGAAACAAAACUAUCGCACAAUGACCUGGGACACCUUAAACGUGUUGCGGGCUUCUCUGAACCGGGUCAGAAAGUGGACAUCUGCCGGGUCACGAAAUUGAUAUGCAAGAUAUGCACAGACUUCUGCCACCAUUCUUUCAGCUUCCCAAUUUUGUUAUGAGAAGUGAUGCAAAAUUCUUGAGCAACCACUGAGCAACGAGGACAACAAAUUAUUUAAGUUUAAAACUUUGCUAAUUAUGCAGUAAAGUUUUAGUGCAUUUUAAAAUUUUCAGUGCAUUAUUAAGUUUUUCUGACAAUAUUUAUGUUAACAGACAAGUAAUUAUGCAUGCAAUAGUAAAUACCUGAAUAGAUAUACAGUAUAUAUAUAUAUAUAUA